AUGGGGGACGCGGCGCCGGGGGGAACGCGCCCACCCGGGGCCUCCUUCACCAUCGAGUACCUGCUGUCGGGCCGAGGGGAUGGUGGGGGGCCCUGCGCCCCCCCUGCCUCCAGCGGGAGCCCCCCGCCAGCCCCCCGGCCCCCUGCGGAGCCCGGGGACAAGCCGGCGCAGUCGUACAUCGCCCUCAUCUCCACGGCCAUCCUCUCAUCCCCGGAGAAGAAGCUGCUGCUCUCCGACAUCUACCAGUGGAUCAUGGACAAGUAUCCCUACUUCAAGAACAAGGAGAAGAGCUGGCGCAACAGCGUGCGGCACAACCUGUCCCUCAACGAGUGCUUCGUCAAAGCUGGCCGCAGCGACAACGGCAAGGGCCACUUCUGGGCCAUCCACCCCGCCAACAUGGACGACUUCGCCAAGGGCGACUACCACCGCCGGCGGGCGCGCAGGCGCAUCCGCAGGCUGGCGGUGAACAUCGGCUACUGCCACCCCUACGCCCUGUACGGCUUCGGCUGCUGCUGCCCCUGCUGGUGA